AUGGAACCAAUUAGUGAGGAUCUUGACCUGAAGUGUGGUGGUUUUUCACUCGGAUUUGGUGUCCUCAACGAGAGAGUCUUCGCAUUAAAUUCUGUAUCUCUGUACCUCUACUUCUCCUCCCACCCUGACCACCGCCACCACCUCCUCCACCGCAAUCAUUCGCCGGUAUACCACUAUUCAUUAACAGAAAACCAUUCUCACCACCACCCGAUUACUGUCAAGCCUUGGCCCAUAUUGCAUUCAUAUCUCCCCUGGUCGCAAAACCCCCAUGUCCCUUUUCGUUGUUGCGAAGCCUAUUUUGGCAACGGCUUCACUUAUCGCGUUGAUCCCUUGAAACCCAUUUCGGAAACCAACCGGAAACUCGGCGCCGGCAGCGGAGGCGGCGGUGCUGGGUGGUUCAGGUGUUUUUAUAGUAAGACUUUGAGGAGCUCGAUAUGCGAAGGGGGGAGGAUCCGAAUGGUUCCAGAGAGGAUUCUAAUGUCGAAAGGGGGAGAGAAGUUGGAGAGUGUGAUUGGGAGAGGAGAAGAUGAAGAAUUACCGAAUUUCGAAGCUGGUGCGUUCGAGAUUGAGGUUAGUGAUAGGACGAGGAACGGGAAGAGGCUAGUGGAUGAGGAGUUCUUGAAUAAUUAUGUUCAAGAAGGUGCCAUUGAUAGGCACACGAUGCGUGGAUUGGUGGAUUCGAUUCGUUUAGCUGAUCCCACUGAGUUCACUUGCUCUGAGUGGAUCGAGGAGCCAACACUUUUGGUGACACGGUAUGAAUAUGCAAACAUGUUUCACACGGUUACAGACUGGUAUAGUGCUUAUGUUUCUUCUAGGGUCACCGGCUUGCCUAAUCGACCUCAUUUGGUUUUUGUAGAUGGUCACUGUGAGACUCAGUUGGAAGAAACAUGGAAGGCAUUGUUCUCGAGCCUUAAUUAUGCUAAAAAUUUCAGCGGUCCAGUUUGUUUCCGCCAUGCAAUCCUCUCCCCAUUGGGGUAUGAAACUGCUCUAUUCAAGGGACUAACUGAAAACAUAAACUGUGAUGGAGCUUCUGCGCAUGAUCUGUGGCAAAAUCCAGAUGAUCAGAAGACUGCUCGACUGUCUGAGUUUGGGGAGAUGAUAAGAGCAGCCUUUGGUUUGCCGCUGGAUAGACACCACAUUCCUAAGCCAGUCUCUGGUCAUAACGUCCUCUUUGUACGACGUGAGGAUUAUCUAGCACAUCCACGUCACGGUGGUAAGGUGCAAACAAGACUUAGCAACGAACAACAAGUGUUCGAUUCUGUACAGAACUGGGCUUCAAAGCAUUCUGAUUGUAAAUUAAAUAUUAUCAACGGACUGUUUGCACACACGUCUAUGAAAGAACAAGUUCGAGCCAUCCAAGAUGCUUCAGUCAUUAUCGGUGCUCAUGGUGCAGGGCUAACUCAUAUAGUUUCUGCAACACCCGGUACAGUGAUUUUAGAGAUAAUUAGUAGCGAGUACAGACGGCCUCAUUUUGCACUUAUUGCUGGAUGGAAAGGGCUGGAGUACCAUCCCAUAUAUCUCAGUGGGUCCUAUGCUGAUCCUCCUGUAGUGCUUGACAAGCUCGAAAGCAUUUUGAAGAGCCUCGGAUGCUGA